UGUGUUAUCACACACGCACACACACACACACACACACACAUACACACUUACACUCAGUGGCUGCUAGGAAGCAGCUGAUUACGGAGCUGCUGGAUGUUUGUGACAGACUCUGGUAACAACUCACAGUUGCUAAUCAAGCUGAAGAGACAUGAUCCCUUUUUCUCUCUGAGAGGAAUGGACCAAUCAGUCAGAAUGAUGCCAAAGCUGGCUCAGACGUCUCCAGGCAGUGUGUUGUCGCUGAGAGGGUCUAACAUCCCAGGAUCCCCUGCUGCUGCUAUCGUGGCCAGAGUGGAGGACGGGGUUAUUGGCUACAAGGACUUGGCAGCUUUGCCAAGAGACAAAGCAAUUCUGGAUAUAGAGAGACCAGACCUGAUGAUCUACCAGCCACACUACAGCUAUAGUCCGCUGGAGAGGUCUUUGUCACCACGGUCCAUCUCUCCUCCUCCCUCCCCAGAGAACCUGUCCAAGGAGUGGCUGGAGACUCGAUCGCCUGGAGGUUCCUCUCCUGGUUCCUCCAUCCAGACCAGCAGAACACACAGCUCACACACACCGUCAACACCACAAACGCCACAAACGCCACAAACGCCAAACACAUCAAACACAUACUCCUCUGGUACUAAGAGCACCAUGCAGCACUUCCACAGGCCAGUAAAUGGUAACAACAUUUAUAAGAAGCCCCCCAUCUAUAAAAAAGAUGUGUCGCCCUCUGCUGUACCUCAGGGGAAACACAUCGAAGAUCUGAUCAUCGAGUCGUCUAAGUUUCCAGCAGCUCAGCCUCCAGACCCAAACUUGCCCUCCAAGAUAGAGACUGAAUAUUGGCCAUGCCCCCCCUCCUUGGCUGUGAUUGAGAAGGAGUUGGGAAAGAAGGGGCAGAGUGAUGAAGAUGAGGGGAAGCAUGGGGAGCUGGAUGAUGAGCUGUGGGGACUCAGAACUCUCCAGAAACAAGAACUCAACAAGAUUCAGUCUAAUCUGGGUAAAAUCAUUCUGAAGGAGGAGUUGGGAAAGUCUGCAGCUCCUCUGAGGAGGAAAACUCGCUCACUGCCGGAUCGCAGCCAAAAUUCCGGGUCCAACACCUCCAGGUCUGUGUAUUUCCCCACCUCUGGCUUGUCCAGGCUGCAGUUAACAGAGUUCUCUGAAAAAACUCCUGCAGGUGUGCAGAACGGUGAUUCCAGAAUGGACAGAGGAAACUCGCUCCCCAGCAUGUUAGAGAAUAAUAUUUACCCUUAUGAAAUGCUGGUGGUGACCCACAAAGGACGAAGCAAACUGCCACCUGGUGUGGACAGAACCAGACUAGAGAGACUCCUCUCUCAGGACGAGUUCUUCAGUAUUUUCGGCAUGUCCAUUGAAGAGUUCAACUGCCUCUCUCUCUGGAAGAGGAAUGAGCUGAAGAAGAAGUUCUGUCUCUUCUGACUGUUGCUGAGACUCCAUGUCCCACACUCCCAUACAUCCCUCAUGACUCUGAACAAAACUAUCAGAAUCACAGACCAUUAUCACCAUCAUCUGAACAACAAGUGUAAACAUGGGACAUUUUAAAGCUGCUGUCAGUGAUGUUGUUUUUCGCCCAUUAUUUACAGUGGCCUGGAAGUGCAAACCAGUAUUACAAACCUGAAACAAAUUUACAAAUACAGAAACAAAUUAAUAAAACUUGAAACAAAUUUACAUUUUCCGAAACAAAUUUACAAAAUGCAAAACACUUUUACAAAUACCAAAACAAAUAAACAAAAGUUAAAACAAAUUUACAUUUUCCAAAACAAAUUUACAAAAUGCAAAACACUUUUACAAAUCCUGAAGCAAAUUUACAAAUGCCACAGUCCUUACGGAAAGGGAAUGUCCCAAUUGCUGCGAGUGAGACAGAGUGAGGUUUUGUCAUGGAUGUAUUAUAAGAACUGGAUACAGCACCGCCCCUUUGGCUCCAUUCAUUCCUAUGGAGUUGCUCAGAUUUGUCAAAAAAGUUGUGCAUGAUCAUAUUAUUGAGCUAUGUGACUAACACGCAAUGCAUUCUGGGGGUAAAGGAAAAAUGCCAGUAGUCCGGUUGUUUACUUCUUUGUUACAGUAAUAUGUAACAGCAAUAGUAAAAGAGACACCUAUAAAACAGUCCACAGGACACCUCGAGACAGGGGCAUAGGCAUGUCUCGAAUUGGGACAUUCCCUUCCGUAAGGACUGUGGCAUUUGUAAAUUUGUUUCAGGAUUUGUAAAAGUGUUUUGCAUUAUGUACAUUUUUUUUAACUUUUGUUCAUUUGUUUUGGUAUUUGUAAUAUUUUGUAAUACUGGUUUGCACUUCCAGGCCACCAUAAUUAUUAAUACAAAUCUGAUACCAAUAAUUUACAUGAUGCAUUUUAACAGUAUGCAUCUACUCUUGUGGAAUGUGAUGAUUUGAGUGAUGAUUGCUAUCUUUCUUGUACAGCCUGGCUCGGGUUAAACCGUACACAUAUUAAAAAAAUGGACAUAGCCUUCUAAGAAUAUAAGAAUAUAUUAAAUAGCCACCAGGGGGUGACUUUGUUGGAUGGAAAAAGACUGGAAGUCUAAGGGAAAAUGAGACUUCUCACUUGAUGUAUAACAUCAAUAACAGAAGUUAAGGGUCUCUCUCACUCACUCACCUCUUUAAUAGAGCAUGAUGUCAAUUUUGUAAAUUAUUUUUCACAUUGUUAUGUGCGACAUCACAACCACUUAUCACUUGGGUUAAACCUGUAAUAAAGCCAUAGAACUUGCAGUACACAUAAUUUUUUUACUUAUAAGCUUUCCAACAAUAAGUUGCCUAGUUGCUUACAAGCUAACUCUGGCUAAUGUUACAUCACUUCUUUAUUAGAAGAAGUGAUGUAGUGAAGUUAUUUCUGGUAGUGUAGCAUACAUGUGCAUAUAUGCUGAUGCCCAACCUGGUGUUUUCUGAGUUGUGGCUCCUAACUGGAUGAAGCUUUGUGGGAUACAAUGUAACUCCUAUAUUUAGGCCACGUUCAAACUACAGCACUUUUGUAUGACAACUGUUGGAAUUUAAUAAGACUUUAACUUAAGUAAGUCACUGACAGCAGCUAAUUCAAACCAUAGCAAAUUAAAAAACAAGAAUUAACGAGUGAAACUCUUUUAGAGACAGUUAGAAGUUUAACAAAGACUUUUGUAUGUCUUUCUAGUUCAGCAAAGAUCACUGCCACACACGCACUUAAAUGACAAUAAACAUCAAACCAGAGCAGAGGUGGAGGCUGUAUCUGGAAUCACUCACUAUACUUAUCACUAUACAAUGAACCCUCCACGUGGCUCUGGUUUGUUCAUUUAGCAGGUUGCAAACAUUUAGCAUUGGCUAGUGUUGCUUAGCGACCAAAUGACGUGCAGCUAUUUUUUAAAACCAUGUCCUUGAUAUUGAAACUCUGACAAGUAAAAUCAUCAAAUUAUCUAUUUUCACCUUAAAGAAAAACAACGUGAAAGAAUGGAAAGUGGCUAAAAUCAUUUCCAUGGAUAUUUCUGAAGGAAACAAAAUACAACAACAAUACAAGAGGAAUGAUGGGAAAUUACCAUUAAGCAAAAGUCACAUUAUAAAUUGAUGAAUGCCUUCUUUAUAAGAGUCUCAAGCAUCUCUGUGACAAACGCAGCACUUGUAGUUAAACACCUAUAAAGUGUGAAUCUCCUCCAGCAUCACAUCUGAUUAUUAUCAACAUGGUUCACAUGUUGAAGUCAGUAAAAGCAGUUGUGAGCUCAUGUGAAGGUGGAACGUGGUGGAUCUGACUGAGUUUGUUGUGCAUUUCAAGGGACUUGACUUGUUGAUGUAGGGUGACCUAACGUGAGGCAAAUACUUCAAGCAGUGAAGUUUCAUACAGAGUCAAAACAGACAUGUGUAGAUGCAGUUUUACUGUUGGUUGAACCAGGUGACGCCAAGUUCACAUCAUUCACUCAAAAUUUAAACAUUUAAACUGAAGUGAAUAAUUUACCUGACGUGUUUACCUGUCAUGAAAGUUGAGGUUUAUUGUUUGUUGAUGCAUUAGAAAAUGAAGACAGGUGUUGUAUGUGCAAAACCCCAAUGGAGACCUGACAAAGGAAGGCGUGGGGCUUAAAGUGAACGAGGAAGUUGAAUGACCUGGUAAAUUCUGAAAGUACUGUAUCACUUGAUUCAAGCUGUUGGUUGCACUUCAUUCAUUCAUUCAUACAUUCAUUUCUCUGCAAUUUUUUCCGUGACUUGCAAACUUGCUGACUUCUGACUAAGGUCUUUGCUUCAGCACCGUAUGCCUCUUUUAAGUGAGGGACUUUUCAUUUGUGACACCGCACUGGUAUUUACUCUCUUAUUUGAUCUGAUGAUUGAGUUCUCAUGUGCUUACAGUCAUUUACGCUGUUUUUGUUUGACAUGAGCUCACUCUCACCUCCAUGUCUGACUCACACACCUUACCACCUCAUGCUUCCUGUAUCUGUGGAACAAGAAAAGACUGGAAAAAAAUAAAAAAAUAAAGGAUAUUUGAUUUUUUUUGAGUAAAUGCACAUUAUUCAUUUUACGUUGAGACAAUUUACAUUGUUCUUUUAAUUUCUUGAUUCACUAAGAGGAUUCAUGCUUUGUUCUGAUUGGUUGUGUUUUGUAUUAGAGACAGGAAGUGGCUUUGCCGUGACUAACACCAUGAUGACACAAAGAUUGUUCCGUGUUUUGUACAUUUCAAGGUUUUUUUCAUCGACUUUUCUAACAUGCAGGGUGAUGUCACAAUGCAACAUCACUGUCAACAUGUCUGAUAGGCUCAUGGAACUGCUGUAUGCAUUAUGUUACAUGAAGAUCUCACAUACAUUUGCUUUAACCUUUAUUUAAAUGGUUUGAUAUAAUGAAGUUGACAGUGACACAGCUGUGGUCACCCUGCUGCUGCUGUACAUACUGAAUCACUGAAUGAUAAUUCUUGUGUAGUUGUCACAUGUGGAUACAGGUAAUGUAACAGAUGAAUGGUGAUGUGAAUGAUUGCAGGAGGUACAAUAAAGAGCAUUUUUUUUUUGCUUUAAGAACACUGUGUUUAACUUCCUCUCACACGCGUCUGCAUAUGAUCAACAAAAAUAAAAUUAAGUACUAAGUCAUA